UUGCUAGUUUUGGUUUUAUGUCUUUUUCUUAAUUUGUCUUAUUUGUUUUUGUUAUAAAGUUGUUAACAGAAUUCUGUUAUGGUGGAGCUAGCUUUUUGCUUAAGCCAAACCAUUUUAAAUGCGGUGUAAGUGGUAAUUUGAGGAUAAUGAAUUAAAUCACAAUCUUCUUCUCCCCUUUCUCAUUUCUCUGUUCUAUUUGUUCCAGUUCUGCAAUUUCAGUGUUAUCUCCCUGAUAAUAUUACAAUUUUGGUUCCACCCUUAUUAUUGGUAUCAGAGCUGGCACCUCUUAUUACCAGACAAGCAUCAAGAAUGGAAGCACAAUUAGAGCCCUGGAAAAGCAAGUUAAUGAACAAAACUCAGCCACCAACCAGAAGUUUGAUGAGCUUCUGAAAAUGAUGCAAACCCUUAAGGAAAACAUGUCGAUUGCUUCGUAAGUCAGAUCACCCAGAUUUGAUGAGCGAUCAAAUCAGCCUAGACUAGGGUAUAUUCCUAAGCUGGAAUUUCCUAAAUUUGAUGGCAACAACCCUAGACAAUGGAUCAAAUAAUGCUGGCUGUGACAUCUUGCUUAAAGGAAUUCCAUCUAAGAAGAUUAAGGUGUUGGAAAAAAUGCCUUCACUGAAACUAAUGAGCACUGCAGCUCAGAUUUGCUUGUUACAUGUAGUGGAAAAGAAUGAAGUUGAAGUACCUUCCUAUUUGGUGCAAGUCUCAGAAGAAGUUAGGGAGCAUGAAGAGCUGAAAUUUUUAAAAAUAAAAUUUGCAGCAGUGUUUGAGGAACCAACAGAGUUACCUCCUAGUAGGGGAGUACUUGAUCAUAGGAUUAAUCUGGAACCAGGGAGUGGGCUGUCAAUAUCAGACCGUACAGAUAUCCUUUGAAGCAAAAAGAUAUUAUUGAGCAAUUAGUCCAUGCAAUGCUUGAGAGGGGCAUCAUAAACAAUAGCUAAAGUCCCUU